AUGGGGGCGCAUGUGCUGGGUUUCGAGGUGGAGUUGGUGAUGGUUGAGGGAUUUAGUCGGGAUUCAUAUUGUGGGUUGGGUUGGGUCGGAGAAGGUGGUAGGAGGAGAGAGAAGAUGACGGUUAAGAAUGGAGGGGGAUAUCGGAGAAGAUGGAUUUUUUUGUUUGUGUUGGGCUGCCAUGGGUGGGUGUUGAGGGAGGGUUGCGACGGGGGAGAGUGGUGGGUUCUUCUGGUGCACAGAGGAGAAGCAACAACCAAACGUACAGUGCACGUUAUCACAAGUUGCCAAACGUACAGUGCACGUUAUCACAAGUUGCCAAAUGAAUUUAGGCAGCCUUCUCUGGUUCGUUUGCACCCUUUGGCAGCCUUGGUUGAUAGCUGCUGUGAACUGAUGAGAAAAAUUGGUCAUUUCACCCUCACGCAUGUGUAUAGAGGGAAGAAUGGAGUUGAUUGUCUUCCCAACUGGAGCUAUAACUUGGAUUUUGGGCUUGUUCAUUCUUGA